AUGGCUCGACAUGAUGGUGUCAUUGGGCAACGCGUACAAGUCGCACGGUACGACGCCCUCUACGUCGUCAUCGUGUCGCUCACUACCGCCCUUGCUCGUCAAGUCCUUGGGGCCGUUGUGUAUAUUUGCGCCACACGCUUGCUGACCAGACCGGCAGGAUAUACGAUACCGAGCUCGCGGCUCUUCCUCGCAAUCGUUGGAGCAGCCCAGCCAGGCUGUGUCGCUGCACGCACGACUGCUUCAUCACACGUCUCGUUACGCCAUGAAUCGACCCACCCAGACCUGAUGAUAGCCGUCAACCCUACAGAGAAGGAGAGGACACACCGGAGUGAUACGAAUGGACGAUGCUGCCCCGCUGGCAGUCAUAGCGAUACGAUCAUGGCGAUACGAUUCGGCGGAAACACCGCGUUCAGCUGCCUACAUACCGUCUCGUCGCACCCGUACCUUCCCAUCGUCAGCCCGAUCGAGUCCCGCAACACGACUGUCUCGACUCAGUCAUCGCCGCGCACCAACCGACAACCCAAACUCAGAUGCAUACCCGUCAGUUACCUGCAGGUGAUAAGCCUCCUCGCAUACAUCACACCACGUUCCUUCACGACUGACCUCCUCGCACGCCCGCGUCGUUGCUGCCCCCGUCAAACCAAUCCGUGCACGCACGACUCCUCCAUCGGAUACCGUCAUGGCAUCGUUGGAAUAAUGCCCUCGUGGGUGCUUUUCGAAGAUGACAUGGAUUGCCGUUGGGAGGAUCUCGGUGGAAAAGGCAAAGGGACGAGUGUGUGGGGCAAGGCGCUGGGGAGUUGA